UUGCUGCUGCUGCGAUUUUCUCUAUCGUCAUAUCCCCUUGCCCAGCUCGGGUUGGAAAUCAAGCCACCUUAGUUUAGUUCACCGACACUUCAGACGUCCUCCUCCACUCCCUUGCUCGAGUCAUUCUCACUUUUUGCAUUUGUUUACUUCAUCCAGCCUUACUCCCGAGAGUAUAUAUAAAUACAAGCCACAUCGCCCAUCCCGUUUGCCAUCCCACAUUAACAAUUGCGCGCAGCCUACUCUGAAACCGAUACCUAGUCCGUCUUCACCUCAUCGAAGUUUGUCCAAACCCCUCCAGUUGCUUCGCACGUUCUUGCUUCUCCCCCGAAAGAUGUCUGCCCCCUCUGGGCCUAUAUCGGCCGAAGCACUACCCGAGCUUCUAAAAGAUGAUAACAAGGUCAAGCUAGCCGGUCUCGAUGUCGAUGGCAUGCUCCGUGGUAAAGUUGUCUCCAAGAAGAAAUUCUUGUCUAUCGCCAAAGAGGGCUUCGGUUUCUGCAGCGUUAUCUUUGGCUGGGACAUGCACGAUUUACUCUACACCAAGGAGCUCAAGAUUAGCAACAAAGAGAAUGGAUACCAUGACCUUAUCGCCAUUCCCGACCUCAAUAGCUUUCGUCGCAUACCUUGGGAGGAUGAUAUUCCGUUCUUCCUCGUCAACUUCUUCGAUCCAGACUCAAUGAACCCUGUUUGCGCCGACCCACGCGGACUGCUAAAGAUGACGCUUGAUAAACUCCAAGAGAAGGGCUACAACGCCAUGGCAGGAAUUGAAUUCGAGUUUUUCCAGUUCAAAGCACCCUCAGACUCGACCUCCUCAGCCGCUGCCUACAUGAAAGACAAUAUCCCACAUGAGAUCCCUCCUCUAACCGAAGGCAUGUUUGGUUACAGCAUCACGCGCCCAACCCUCAAUAAAGAAUACUACUACGAUGUUUUCGAUACAUGCACGAAAUUCAAAUGCGAUCUCGAAGGCUGGCAUACAGAAAGCGGCCCCGGCGUGUACGAGGCAGCUUUAGAAUUUGGACAGAUAUCCGAGAUGGCAGAUAGGGCAUCUCUCUUCAAGUAUGCCGUUAAAUCGGUGGCAAACAAGUAUGGAAUCACGCCCUCCUUCAUGGCGAAGCCGAAACAGGGACUCCCCGGCUGCAGUGGACACACACACGUCUCCGUUGUAGAUAAGGAUGGGAAGAACCUACUCUUCCGAGAGACCAAGGACGAAAACCCGGAAUAUCCCGAUAUCGCACACCUUAGCGACCUGGGGCGACACUUUCUCGCUGGACUUUUGGAGGGCCUGCCAGAUGUUAUGCCUCUACUAGCGCCAAACGUGAACAGCUACAAACGUUUAGUAGAGAACUUCUGGGCCCCGGUAACUGUUUCAUGGGGUCUCGAACACCGCGCUGCAUCUAUCCGUCUGAUUGCUCCUCCCACAUCGAAACCCGGCGCAACACGAUUCGAGGUUCGAGUACCAGGCGCCGAUAUUAACCCUCACUUUGUCAUGGCAGCGAUCCUAGCCCUCGGCUGGCGUGGCGUCGAGAAGAAGCUUGAGAUUCCCGUGCCACCUCUCGGCAAGGGCCAGGACGUGGGCGGCGCUGAUGAUAAGGGUGAGCGCUUGGCAAAGAACUUGAAGGAGGCCACUACACGGUUUAUGAGAAAAGACAGUAUAGCGCGCGAGGUGUUUGGAGAUGAUUUUGUUGAACAUUACGGCGGUUCAAGGAACCAUGAGAUACGGCUUUGGGAUGAAGCUGUCACGGAUUGGGAAAUGAAGCGAUACCUUGAGACUGUAUAGACGGGGAAAUUGGGUAGACAUCGGGGAUUUAUUCACCCAACCGCUUUUAUACACCGGCGACUGCAUUCUUAUAGGAUAUACCGUAUAUACCCUGCAUGAACAUUUCCAUUUCAAUAU